AUGACACGAUUUCCUCUGGUAGUGGUCCUGGGGAUCGUGGUGGUGCUGGCAGCGACGGUUUACGCCGCUCCUGAUGGCACCGGUAAGGUGGAGGCCCCAUGCGUCGGUAUCGACCUUGGCACAACGUACUCUGUUGUUGGGGUGUGGCAGAAAGGUGACGUACACAUCAUCCCGAACGAGAUGGGCAACCGCAUCACACCGUCUGUAGUGGCCUUUACAGAGACGGAGCGACUGAUCGGCGAUGGCGCGAAAAACCAACUUCCGCAGAACCCGCACAACACAAUCUACGCGAUCAAGCGUCUCAUUGGACGGAAGUACAGCGACGCCACGGUGCAGAAGGACAAGAAGUUGCUGUCGUACGAGGUUGUGGCGGACAGGGACGGCAAACCGAAGGUGCAGGUGGAGGUUGGCGGCAAGAAGAAGCAGUUCACACCUGAGGAGGUGAGUGCGAUGGUGCUGCAGAAGAUGAAGGAAAUCGCAGAGACAUACCUCGGUGAGAAAGUAAAGAACGCCGUUGUUACUGUGCCCGCGUACUUCAAUGAUGCGCAGCGCCAGUCGACGAAGGAUGCCGGGACGAUUGCGGGACUUAAUGUCGUGCGCAUUAUCAAUGAGCCUACGGCUGCGGCCAUUGCAUACGGACUGAACAAAGCAGGCGAGAAAAACAUCCUUGUGUUUGACCUUGGCGGUGGCACCUUUGAUGUGUCCCUGCUUACGAUCGACGAGGGCUUCUUCGAGGUUGUGGCAACGAACGGUGACACACACCUUGGUGGUGAGGACUUCGACAACAACAUGAUGCGGUACUUUGUGGACAUGCUGAAGAAGAAGAAGAAUGUUGACGUGAGCAAGGACCAGAAGGCAUUGGCCCGUCUGCGCAAGGCUUGCGAGGCGGCAAAGCGACAGUUGUCGUCACACCCUGAGGCGCGCGUGGAGGUGGACAGUCUUACAGAGGGUUUUGACUUCAGUGAGAAGAUAACGCGCGCGAAGUUCGAGGAGCUGAACAUGGAGCUGUUCAAGGGGACGCUGGUGCCGGUGCAGCGCGUGCUGGAGGACGCCAAGCUGAAGAAGAGUGACAUUGACGAAAUUGUGCUUGUUGGUGGCUCGACCCGCGUGCCGAAGGUGCAGCAGCUGAUUCGAGACUUCUUUGGUGGCAAAGAGCCGAACCGUGGUAUUAACCCCGACGAGGCGGUUGCGUACGGUGCGGCGGUGCAGGCGGCAGUGCUGACCGGCGAGAGCGAAGUCGGUGGGCGUGUGGUGCUUGUGGACGUGAUCCCGCUCUCGCUUGGCAUUGAGACAGUGGGUGGUGUCAUGACGAAGCUGAUCGAACGCAACACGCAGAUUCCCACCAAGAAGAGCCAGGUGUUCUCGACGUACCAGGACAACCAGCCUGGUGUGCUGAUUCAAGUCUUCGAGGGUGAGCGGCAGAUGACAAAGGACAACCGUCUCCUCGGAAAGUUUGAGCUCUCUGGUAUUCCUCCGGCGGCACGCGGUGUGCCGCAGAUUGAGGUUACGUUCGACGUAGACGAGAACAGCAUCCUGCAGGUGAGUGCGGUGGACAAGUCAUCGGGGAAGAAGGAGGAGAUCACCAUCACGAACGACAAGGGUCGCCUGAGCGAGGAGGAGAUCGAGCGCAUGGUGCGCGAAGCUGCGGAGUUCGAGGAGGAGGACCGCAAGGUGCGGGAGCGCGUUGACGCGCGCAAUUCGCUGGAGGGCAUCGCAUAUUCGCUGCGCACCCAAGUGAACGACAAGGACAAGCUCGGUGGCAAGCUGAGCGCGGAUGACAAGAGCGCCGUGGAGGCCGCUGUGAAGGAGGCGAUCCAAUUCCUCGACGAGAACCCCAACGCUGAGAAGGAGGAAUACGACGAGGCACGCGAGAAGCUGCAGAGUGUGACGAACCCGAUCAUCCAGAAGGCCUACCAGGCUGGGGGAGGUGCGGCUGACGAAGAGAAGCNGCAAUCACGAUGGCCUUGUUUGAGGAUUUGGGUUACUAUAAAGCAGAUUUCAGCAAGGCAGAGACAAUGA